AUGUCUAAAGGGAGGGUUAAUCAGAAACGUUACAAGUAUCCUCUUCCAAUUCACCCCGUAGAUGAGCUCCCAGAGCUGAUCCUUCAUAAUCCAUUAUCUUGGAUAUAUUGGGCAUAUCGAUACUACAAAAGCACGAACGCACUGAACGAUAAAAUUCAUGUAGAUUUUAUUGGGGAUACCACUCUUCACAUCACAGUUCAAGAGGACGAUCAAAUGUUAUACCUUUGGAAUAAUGGGUUUUUUGGUACUGGCCAAUUUAGUAGAAGUGAACCCACAUGGAAAGCUAGAACAGAGGUCAGAUUGGGUCUCAAUGAUACUCCCCUCCAAAAUCGAAGAGGAAUAAAGAGUAAUCCUGAGUCAGAGUUGACUUUAGAGAAGGUGACACAACAAAGAAGGUUACAAAGAUUAGAAUUCAAGAAAGAACGUGCGAAGUUAGAAAGAGAGCUACUACAACUAAGGAAAAAAGGUGGUCAUAUCGAUGAGGAAAAUAUCCUCCUUGAGAAACAACGAGAAUCAUUAAGAAAAUUUAAACUGAAACAAACAGAAGACGUGAACAUCGUUGCGCAACAGCAAGACGUUUCCGAAUCCAGUUUAAGAAAUGAAGACAACGAUCUUCUUGAUGAGAAUGGCGAUCUCUUGCAAUUUGAGUCAUUAGAAUUAAUGCCGGUGGAAGCUAUGUUUUUAACCUUUGCUCUUCCUGUUCUUGACGUAUCUCCUGCAGGUCUAGCUGGGAAACUGUUUCAAUCGGAUGCCAAAUAUAAGGACAUUCACUUUUUUGUUCGAUCAUACGUGAUAUAUCAUCACUACAGAUCGCACGGUUGGUGCGUACGAUCUGGUAUAAAAUUCGGCUGCGAUUAUUUAUUAUAUAAGAGAGGACCACCAUUUCAACAUGCUGAAUUUUGUAUUAUGGGUCUUGACCACGACGCUUCGAAAGAUUAUACGUGGUAUUCCAGCAUAGCACGUGUUGUAGGUGGCGCAAAGAAGACCUUUGUAUUGUGCUACGUGGAGAGACUAAUCUCAGAGCAGGAGGCAAUAGCACUAUGGAAAUCAAACAGCUUUACUAGACUGUUUAAUGGUUAUCAAGUUGGCGAAGUAGUAUAUAGGAGAUGGGUUCCCGGAAGAAAUAGAGACUAG